AUGGCUCACAAUGAAAGCCGGAAGCGUACUAGGCCAUGUGUCCUGUGCAAAAGGAACAAGGUCAAAUGCCAUUACGUGACUUCGUUGCCGUGCGAACGAUGCGCCAAGUACGGUCUGCGAUGCCAAUUUGAGCAACAGAGCGUUGCUGCAUCUUUGGCAGAGCUUGCAGCUCUACCUUCUUUGACACAGUCACAUCCAUUGGAAUCAGAAGAGAGUCAAGCAUUAGAGCCAGCUUGUUCUGCGGCGCCAAACGACCCCAAGGCUGUCAAUGCACGCCUCAACACACUUGAGAGUGCACUCGAAUCAGUACUGUCAAUUCUCCAGACUAACCAGUCGCAGCAGCAACAACAAAUGGAUCUUAUUCAACAACAGAUAAUUGCACAACCCCCUGGAGAUAAAUGGCGAUCUCUCGAUCUUCAUCCCUCACUAGCAGCCGUCACAUCUCAGGACGCAGCUGCCUUCCAUGAGGGUGCCCCGAACUUCCGUCUUUCAAAUAUUCUAUCUGAAGCAGAAGUCAAGGAGCUUGGCAAACUUUUUGAUGACCGUUUUGCACCACAACUUUUCGGUUACGAGAUAGGAACUCUCGAUGUGCAUUCUUUAUGGAAGACGUCGCCUUUUUUAUUACUCUCGAUCUGCACAGUGACUUGCCUUCACCAUCCCUCGGUGGCGCCAAAAUUCAGCAUGCUAAAACGGAGUUUUGAGGUCGGUGCUUCCCAGUGUUUGAUGCAGGCAGUGCCAGCUACCCAAGUGGAACAUACAAUCUUGGCCCUUGUUGUUGGCGCACUAUGGCUAGAGUCUGCUCAAAUGCUUGUAUCUGUUGCUAUACAGCUAGCUAGAAUCCACAGGCUGGACCAACCCAACACAUUUCCCUCUUCACUCGGACCUUCACCCCUGCACAGACUUUGGUAUCUGCUGUACAUCGUUGAUGGAAAUCAAAACCUCAUCCUUCACAAGAGUCCUUCCAUCAAUCAAGCAAGCGAGCCAUUGAUACGAAAUUCACGAAGGGAUGUCAUUGCAAGUCUUGCAAGUCCACAAGUUCGCGAAGUCUUAAGUGCCAAUUACCAUGCUCAGGGCAAAGUUGUCAACAAUCGGCAGUUAGAACUUUUGAAUGAGGUAGAAUGUCGCAAAAUUUCUAUCUCAGGGACUUCACUACGCGAGCUACGGCUUCUAGGUCAGCUCGAGUACCAUAUGGCCAUGGAGUCCGUUUUUUCGAGCAACAGUAGCUAUAUGCCGGAUUUUAAGCGCUCCAUGCAGGCAACAGCAUCUUUGCUUGAUCCUACAAACUUCGGAAUCCCGUGGGCAAGCAAUUUGGAACUUGACAAGUGGAUGAUAUCUUGGACGAUAACAUUGCAGAACAUUGACUUCCAAAGUGACCCCUGGUGUCUGAAGUCUACGCUUUUGUACUAUAAUUUUGCCCGGAUGCACAUCAAUAUGAAGCCAUCAUUAACGGGCGGCAGGUCCUCCGUUUUUGACAAUGGCACCAGCGAUCUAAGUAAACUAUGGCAAACAUCGGAUCCAAUGUAUUUUCCUGAUUCAACAAAGGCCAAGGAUGCUUCGCAUGACAUUUCCUUCUCUGCUGCUCAGUCACUUAUCAAAUUGGCCACAGACGACAGUGAUAUCACUAGUAUUUUCCAAUUUCUUCCCAUGCAUGUUCAGGCCAUGCUAUAUUACGCCUCUUUGGUUCUCCUAGAUCCUACAGAUAUUGAGUUUUGCGACACCCGUCCAAGGCCGAGUCGCAAAGUUCUUGUAGCUCGGUAUAAAACCGUCAACAAGUUGCGAAAUCUUGUUGAAAAGACCCCCUCAUCUGAUCCAACGUUUCGAUCCAAGACGUUAGAAUCUCUGAACCAACUUCUGGACAGGUUUGCCGCAAAAUGUUUUGCUGCAAAAACAGCUAGCGCACAAGAUCAUCAGCGCGUAAGAUGUCAAGAAAUUAUCGAAGAGGAUAACAUAGUUCAAGAUGACAAGGGCCCACGAACGAUUAUAGCAUGGCCGGGAACCAAUCCAGGUCAUCCAUGA